GAACGAGGGUCUCAACCGCUAAAAUCCACAACCUCCAUCUCCACUCUGUCUUCCUCUCCCUCCAGAUCUCGCUCGCCAUGGACCUCCUCGACGCGGGCCACCGCCACUCGUCGGAGCUCUCCGCCGGCGGCGCCGACAUGGACGGCGCCUCCGUGCUCCCGCUCUCCGGAGCCGCCUACCAGCCCUACGUCUCCGAGCUCCUCUCCUUCUCCAUCGAGCGCCUCCACAAGGAGCCGGAGCUGCUGCGGGUGGACGGGGAGCGGGUGCGGCGGCAGAUGCAGGAGGUGGCGGUGGAGAACUACGCCGCCUUCAUAGCCGCCUCCGAGGCGCUCUCCUUCGUCCGGGCGCAGCUCGAGGGCUUCGACAGGCACCUCGAGGCACUGGUAGAGGAGAUACCAAAUUUAACAUCUGGUUGCACCGAGUUUGUUGAGUCCGCACAUCAAAUUUUGGAAGAGAGGAAGCUCAAUCAGACAUUACUAGCCAACCACAGUACCUUGCUUGACCUGCUUGAAAUACCACAACUUAUGGACACAUGCAUACGGAAUGGAAACUAUGACGAGGCACUUGAUCUAGAAGCUUUUGUUAGUAAAAUUUCAAAGUUGCAUCCAGAUUUACCUGUCAUCCAAGGAUUAGCUGCCGAAGUCAAGAAGACGAUACAAUCACUAAUUUCACAGCUUCUCCAGAAACUCCGAUCAAAUAUUCAGUUACCAGAAUGCCUCCGUAUUGUUGCACAUCUGCGUCGUAUUGGGGUGUUCAGUGAAUCUGAAUUGCGCUUACAGUUCCUGAGAUGCAGGGAAGCAUGGCUUUCUGGGAUUCUUGAUGAUCUGGACCAAAGGAAUGUAUAUGAUUAUCUGAAAGGCAUGGUGAGUUGCCACAGGACGCAUCUAUUUGAUGUUGUCAAUCAAUAUCGAGCGAUAUUUAACAAUGACAAAUCGGGAAGUGAAGAGAACAGUGAUGGUGGGCUGCUUUUCAGCUGGGCAAUGCACCAAGUUAGUAAUCACCUCACCACUCUUCAAGUUAUGUUGCCAAAUAUAACAGAAGGCGGGUCGCUGUCAAACAUUCUUGAACAGUGCAUGUAUUGUGCAAUGGGUCUUGGCUUGGUUGGACUGGAUUUCCGUGGUCUGCUUCCACCAAUUUUCGAAAAUGCGGUUUUGAAUCUGUUCUCCAAGAAUAUGGGUACGGCGGUUGAGAAUUUUCAGGUUGUCUUGGAUUCACAUCGUUGGGUUCCAAUGCCAUCUAUUGGCUUUGUCACAAAUGGAGUUGUAGAUGAUACUUCUGAUGAUGUGACACCACCUUCUGUGUUAAUGGAACAUCCACCUCUCGCAGUGUUUGUUAAUGGUGUUUCGGCAGCAAUGAAUGAGCUAAAACCAUGCGCACCGUUAAGCUUGAAGCAUGUCCUUGCUCAGGAGGUGGUGAAAGGAUUACAAGCAGUUUCUGAGUCCCUAGUCAGAUACAAUGCCAUGCGGAUGCUGCGGGGAAAUGAGUCAUCCCUUUUCAUCUCACUUUGCCAGGCAUUUAUUGAGGUUGCAUAUCCGUAUUCCGCUGCAUGUUUUGGAAGAUGCUAUCCCAAUGGAGGAACGCUGAUCACAGAGUGCCGCAGCACGUUCGAUGCUGUCAGCCAGCUGUUGACCGUACCUUCAAGAUCAGGUUCUGCGAUCAGCAGCAGCAUCGAAAGAAGGCAGUCAGGCGGCAUCGAAAGAAGGCAGUCUGGAGGUAUCGAAAGGAAGCAGUCCGGAGGCAUCGAUAGAAAGCAAUCGGGAGGCAUCGAGAGAAGGCAGUCGAUUGAGAGUGCUGGGACUGCGGCCUCCGAGAAUGGACAUCUAACGGAUGGCCCAGAGCCAGAGGUAACCAGCAAUGCCGGAGCCACUGUGGCACCAUCUGGGGCUAACACACAAACAGAUGUACCCACAAACGCAUAGCUUGAACCUCGUUCACGGGUCUAUCGAAGUCCUGGUUAUCUUCGACAGUUUGGUUCUUACUUUUGCCCGUGGUCUUACAGUGUACACAAGAAUCUCAUCUCAGACUGUUUGGUGUUGAUCUGUACAAUACACCAUUGAAGUUUUAGCUGUGCAUGUCUAGCCCAUACCUAGGUGUUGUAGAUGGAAGAUUGUUUCAUACUGACGACAAUAAGUUUAUAAUAUCAAGCGAGUGCCCUACAUUGUUGAGGAA